AUGGCCCCCAAAUCAAACACGUCUCGCAAACAGUCCAAGGACACUCAGAGUCGUGAGAGCAGAAAACCAGACAAGAAGAAUGCCCCUGCACCUGUUCCUCGCCGCAGAGUCCAAGACCAGCAGAGACGCGGGGAACAACCUGAUUCCACCAGUGCCGAGGACAAGGACCAGGCUCGGAUUGACAUCUCUGCCACAAUCCCAAUUACGCUGCAGCAGUUGCUUCUGAAUGUUUUCAGAUUUGCAUUGCUUUCACCAUCGACUUCUUUGGAUUCUCAAGGUCCAGACGAGGAUGCGGAUGCAGAAGAACAGAAAGAGAAAGAAGAACCAUUAGACAUCAGGUCCCUUAUCCAGACCAUCAAGUCGCACCUCUACAAUCGGGACUUUGAUUCUGCGUUUGCGGACGCCGACGAGAGGUUACUUAGGGCUUACGCUUUGAGGUGGAGCGCGGCGAGAGCGUUGGGGUAUGCGGGACUGUUCAAAUCUCUGCUAAAGGUUUUGGUCGAAGAUGAUCCUGACUCCAGGGAGGGCUCUAUGUUGCGUCCGGCUCAUGUUGUCUGUAUCGGUGGAGGUGCUGGGGCGGAAAUUGUUGCUCUUGCAGCAGCUUGGAGGAACCUGAUGGAUGAGAGUGUUAUAUCUGCGCGUCAAAAGGAGCUGUCCGAUGCUCUUGAAGGUGUGUUUGUGGAGGAUAAGACGGAGGUCCAAAAGGAUGGAACUACGAGCAACACACCGAGCCAGAAACAAUACGUUCAACAGCCAGAUUCCUCACUUGGCCUCUCGAUCACAGCCGUCGACAUCGCCGACUGGUCUACCGUCGUGAAGCGUCUUUCCUUAGCAAUCUUAUCACCAUUAGUUACAGGCUCAAAAUCACAUCCUGCGCCUCUCCUCCCAAUUCCUCCAGCUGCCGAUGAUUCGGACACAGAUCUCUCGAGCAACCUCAACAUCGACUUCAAACGCCUCGACGUCCUCUCCCUCCCAGAUCCAGACUUGGCCUCCUUAUUCCACACCUCUCCUUCCUCAUCAACCACAAAUAUAGUCACCCUCAUGUUCACCUUAAACGAGCUCUUCUCAACCUCCAUGUCCAAAGCCACCUCAUUUCUCCUCCGCACGACCGACCUCCUAGCAGCUGGUACAAUCCUACUAGUCGUCGACAGUCCAGGGAGCUACUCAACGCUGAAACUUAACAAGAGCACGGGCGAGCAGCAGGAGAGGCAAUACCCGAUGAAGUUCCUACUCGACCAUACGCUUUUAUCUGUUGCGAAGGGCAAGUGGGAGAAAGUCUAUAGUCAGGACUCGAGGUGGUGGCGGAGAGAUGCGGCUCGGUUGUGGUAUGAGGUUGGGGAGGGGGCCGGGUUGGAGGAUAUGAGGUAUCAGAUCCAUGUUUAUCGAAGACUAGAGUAG